UCACUUCUCACUGCAUAGCGCUGCAGAGAGCAACAUGGCGGCCUCCCUGAUCUGCGGCCGGUUAUCCGCUGGGCUCAGGAGUUCUGGGUCCCGGACGACUUUAGGUUCGGCGGCUAAGGUACUAGCUGGGACAUCAGGGUUGUUGGGGAACCAUGGCAACCAGCCGUCUCCGCCGGCGACGUGGCAGCAGCAGAGGAACCUGUCCCUGCAUGAGUACAUGAGCAUCGGCCUGUUGAAGGAGGCAGGCAUCUCCGUUCCUGCAGGUUUGGUGGCCAACACGCCUGACGAGGCCUACAACGUCGCCAAGCAGAUCGGCUCUAAGGAUCUGGUGGUGAAGGCGCAGGUGUUGGCUGGAGGCCGAGGCAAAGGAACAUUUGAGGGAGGCUUGAAAGGAGGAGUCAAAAUCGUCUACUCGCCAGAGGAAGCGAGGGACAUCUCCUCACAGAUGAUUGGUAAAAAGCUCUACACUAAGCAGACGGGCGAGGCGGGGCGGAUCUGUAACCAGGUGUUCAUCUGUGAGCGUCGCUAUCCCCGCCGGGAGUAUUACUUUGCCAUCACCAUGGAAAGGUCUUUCCAGGGUCCUGUGCUGAUUGGCAGCUCUCAGGGGGGCGUGAACAUUGAAGAUGUGGCGGCUGAGAAUCCGGAUGCCAUCGUGAAAGAGCCUAUUGAUAUUGUGGAAGGCAUAAAAAAGGAACAAGCAGUAAAGGUAGCUCAGAAGAUGGGUUUCCCUGAUGCUUUGGUUAAUGAUGCAGCUGAAAUGAUGAUAAAACUUUAUAAUGUCUUCAUCCAAUAUGAUGCUUCAAUGGUGGAGAUCAACCCUAUGGUGGAAGACUCUUCUGGCAUUGUAAUGUGCAUGGACGCAAAGAUCAACUUUGACUCCAACGCUGCAUACAGACAGCAGAAAGUGUUUGAUAUGCGAGACUGGAGUCAGGAGGACAUUAGAGACAGACAAGCAGCAAAAGCUGACUUAAACUACAUUGGCCUGGAUGGUACUAUUGGAUGCUUGGUCAAUGGAGCAGGUCUUGCAAUGGCAACAAUGGACAUCAUUAAACUCCAUGGUGGAACUCCUGCAAACUUCCUUGAUGUAGGUGGUGGAGCCACUGCACAUCAAGUGACAGAAGCCUUCAAGCUCAUCACAUCUGACAAAAAGGUCCAGGCCAUCCUGGUGAACAUUUUUGGUGGGAUUAUGAGAUGUGACGUCAUCGCUCAGGGAAUCAUCAUGGCUGUCUCUGACCUGGACCUGAAAAUCCCUAUUGUAGUGCGGUUACAAGGAACGAGAGUAGACGAUGCCAAGGCGCUAAUCGCUGCCAGUCCUCUGAAGAUUCUGGCCUGCGACGAUUUGGAUGAGGCAGCUAAGAUGGUUGUAAAGCUUUCUGAAAUUGUGUCGUUGGCCAAAGAAGCCCAAGUGGACGUGAAGUUCCAGCUGCCCAUCUAAAGACGGCUCACCCACCCAGAAACCACACCCAGAAACCACGCCUCUUUUCGAAUCACAUCUCGGACGGGAGUCCGAACCUUGAACUGAGCUACUAGCUGCCGCCUCCCAUGUCACUCAUACACUGUGUGUGCGAUCUUCUGUCUGCGGUUCGUUUCCGAACCUCUUCCUUUCAGCCGCCUGUCGCUUUCCUCCCUUGUGCUUCCAGAAUGUAAAGACACGGUCAUGUCUGAUUUUUACUGCUUCUUUAUUCUCCGCCAGUCAAAUAGACCCACUUCCCCUACACGCCCAAAUUGUAGAAUUCCCUGCUCUAAUCCAAUGUAACUCACACCUAGACCAAGCAGGUUGUCUUGAGCCCUAUUCAGACGGGAUAAGGAAAAUUUAAUGAAUCUUAGCAUUAAUGACUGAGAUGGGAGUAGCUACUCGAUUUAUACACUGAUGCCAUGUCCAAAACAUGUUGAAAGCCUAUUUUAAAACCCACUCACAGUGAUGAGUAAAUUUUUUUCCACAAUAUUUGACCCAAUAUUUACACACGUUUCUAUUAGUGCUGAGUUUAUAUAACCUAGAUUUAUUUAUAUGGCUGAUUAUGCAGGACGCAGAACCAUGCUGUCCCUAUAAAUGACUGAAAAUACAUACUCAGACAAGGACAAAAAAUCACUAUGGAUGCUUGGUAAUAAUUACUAAUCCUGUCUGGAUAGGGCUUUAGUUACUUUUGAUUAGGUCAGGUCAGUAUUACUAUGACUUGUUUAUUUGUUGUAUUUUGGCACUUGUUUCUUCAUUUUAUCAAGAGGCGGACCUAUUUAUGUGGGACUGUAUUUAUAUUGAGGAAUUGUACACUGGGGUGAAGCUUGCUGGAUGUUCUGGAUGUAGUGGAUGUUGACUGCAAAUCCUCUCUCUUGCCACAAAUGCUCUCUCAGUAAAAUCACUUUUUGCUCUCGUCUAGAGCCUGGGAGGCUCUUUGCUUCAGUCAGUGUUUCCAAAGAGCAUGGCACCGUUUUCCCGCCCUAAUGAACGCACAAACACUUCGGGGAAUCUGUGUAAACCUUCUAUUGUAUUGUGUUCUCUUGCCCAUACAUGGGAAGUACUGGUUAGCAAGAGGGAGCAGAUAAAAAUAAAAUUAAUAAAAUGGUCA